AUACAUAGACCUAGAUUGACCUAGAUCUAGAUAUCUACUUCCGAGAAUAACAAUCUCAUCAAAAUGUGAACAAGCUUUUAGAUCUAAAUCUAGAACUUUCAACUUCUUUUAUUCUAGUCUGGGUCUAAAGCUAAAAGCGGAAAUUACUAUUAAAAAUUGAGUUUGAGAUUUGACUGACCAGAUGAUUGCAACUGCAUAUUUAAGGGAAGCAAGAACCAUAAAUGAAUUAUAUCUGUAACGCCUAAAAAAAAAAACUGGCCUUCUCAAUCAAGUUCAGCUUAAAAUGAGAGUGAGAUGUUGGCAUCUGCAUGCUAUUUUAACUAUAACAGUUGCUUUAAUCUGGAUAUCAAGUUUUUGUGCAGAAGCGGCUAUUUUUGGCUCAAUGACAGAUGAAAGUUUAUGUAAGAAAUCCUCAGAAGAAAUUAUUUGGAUAUCUGAGAAAACCAGCGCCAUCAUUAGUGGCAAAAGCAAAGAUGAGCUAAAAAAUUGUCAACUCAGGUUUGGCGUAGCUUCAGCUGAUAGAAGUGCUAGAAUUCAACUGAAGUUUGAGUUUCUUUACAUAGAAGAUUGCUUAAUACAACUGCAGAUAAAUGAAUCCUCAACAGGAGAUUUUAAAACCUCCCAGGAUAACAGGGAAAUAUUAAAGACAAAUUGUUAUGCUCAUACACCUGGACCUUUGUAUGCUCAACCAAAGAACUUUGUUCUCGUCAAUCUUUUAAAACAGGACAUGAGUACAGAUGCUGCUAACUUUUAUCUCAACGUUAGUAUGGCAGGAGUUCCUCCAACAACAGGGCUUGAGCUUCACAUUCUACUCAUCAUAGGGUUCGUUGCUGUCAUUGUUGUGAUCAUAGUAGGCUAUUUACUGUACAAAUUCGUUUCACGGUUGUUUGAACGGAUACACGAGCAAAGAGUGCAAGCUGCCAUGACAAGGGCUAUCAACAUUUUUCAUUCCCAAGAGCCAUUGGAGGAACGACAAGACAUGGUCCUUCUCAGACCUGGAGAGGGUCACUUAGCAAGUCAAAACCCCAGAGCUGCAUCGAUUGCUUUUGUCCAUUCUGACGGUCGUAUAGAAAGGUUUCGUUCACUGCCUAAGGAACAUCCUGAAGAAGUGGAAACAAGAGUAGCACUCCCAUCACCGUCUCUCAAACAUUCUGAACAGAGCAGGCGUGGAGUCCGUCGAAGUGCGGAAAAUGACUACGUGGCCUGUGAUGUUGUCUCAGUUGCAGCUCAUCUCAAAGCAGCACACAAAGUCUCAUCACCAGUGCUCCACCCUGUCCCCUGUCGGGCGCAGGUAAGUGACUUUGGAGAUGCAGUAUCUAUUGGAGGCUGUGAGAUGCCCCCUUCAUAUGAAGAAGCUUUAGACAUGCCAGGCCCAAGUGCCUUGUUGCUUUCUGCCCAUGAAGAUGGUGCUGCUGCAGCAGUACAAAGUAUUGAUAGCUCAGAAAAGUCACAAGUGGAUUACAUGAAUGUUAACUUUAAUCCUGCACCUUCAGAGUCCAAUGAUGAUUUGGACUGUAGUGACAGUGGGGAGGCAUUGUUGGCCAGAUACGUAACAUGAAUAGAAUCCUGAUGUGGAGUAGAACCAUCCAUGUACGUAUAAAGACAAACACCGUCUCGCAUUUAUAACAAUGUUUAUUAAAAGCAGCUACCUGGCGACUGGAAAAAAUUAUAUGAAACAUUAAUAUGUGUAAACAACGGAACGUGUAGAAGUAGUUCCCAUAAAUGUAAAGAAAAAUAUAUAACCUGAAUUCAUCAUAACCUAUUAGUGCUGAUACUAUUCAUAGUAGUCAUUUGAAAUGAUUUUAGGUUAUGUUUUUAUGUUUGUUAUUCCUUACGUAAUUAAUGCUAAACAUCUUCUACCUGUUUUAAAUGAUCUUUAUUUUUUAAUAGCAGCUGCUUUUUUUCUGAAUUAUCAAUUAUACAUAUUAAAUGAAUUAAGUUGAUAAUUCUGUAGUAUUUGUGCCAUGGUUGUCUUAAGAUUUUUAUAUGCAUUUGUGCAUUUUUUUGUAGCUAUUAAAAGAACUCUUUGUAUUCUCUUUUAAUUUUUUUGUUGCUUUGUUGCAAGUUGAUGAUGUUCAGGAUAUCAUUGGAACCUUCAGCUUAUGAGAAUUUUAUACUGUUAAUACUAUUAUAGUACUGGGAUCAGUCAUUCAGAUCUGUGUGUUAUGACAUGAUUAGGAUUUAGUUAUUUGUUUCGGGAAUAAGGGGAGAGUUUUACUUAGUGACAAGUGACAUAACAGAUCUUUAAAAAACAAGAAUGCUCUAAGUUACGCUACAAACAAGACGCUUUGUGUAGAACAGUAGGAAUAACAAAUAAUAGAUAUACAGCUUUACUGAAAGAUAUUGGACGGAUCCCUUCUUAAGUAUUAAAGUGUUUAUUAUUGUUUGAUACUAGCGUCGACUACUUAUAUUGAUUGUUUGGCAUUUCACCGGUGUUACUGAUUUAGUUGAAGGUUACCUCCUGUUUAUUUCAUUGAUUGGAUUCGACACCGCGGAAGAGCCAUAACAGUGAGAAACUAGUACAGUCCUCAGACAUAAAAUUCUCAUUGCUAUACUAGAUUAAAGCUGUUUUUUGUUUCUUAGCUAGCUUAUAAUAAAUAAAGUCACUUUAUUGGUGUAGUGAUCAUUUUGUUGUUUAUAUAAGGUGAGAAUAUCCUCAGCUACACAUUAGCUUCUUGACUUGGAUUCAAAAUUGUAUAGCUUAGGUUUGUUGUCUGCUUUAUAAUUUUUUCAUCCUGACCUGUCAUGGAAAACUUUUAAGUUCUAUCCAAAAAAUAAUAAACAAAUAAGGAAUUUUGAGCUUAUCAUCAUCUGUCCCUUGAUUUUCGUCGUAGGGCUGCUGUGACAGUUCGCGUACCCAAACCCCUCCACAUUUCCUGGUCAGCAGCUGUCCUUAGCAGGAAAGGCAGGUCCAUUCUUUUAUGUUACCCUUUUUUCAUGCUCCCUCCACUGUACCUUGAACAAUGACUUUUGAUAGUGAGUCAUGUAUGAUUGAGCUAGCUCAGCUUUCGUCUCUUCAUAGUAUUGAGGAGUUCGUUAUGUUUUUACAAGAACUUUUUGUCAAUAUUAUAACUUUUUUUUUUUGGUUGAUAAAGGUUUUGAAAUUAACAGUCUAUUCAGUUCUGUUUGAUCAUUUUUAUAUAAUUUUGUUUUUAACUAUUUGAUCAUUUCUCACCUUUCCAACAAUGGAGACAGUAAUUAACUUUGUCAGACUUAAAUUACAAACUUAAUGUUCCUGUAAAAAAAAGCUAUAGUGCCAUCCCAAUCUAUCAAAAGAAACUAAAUUUGGCACCCUGAAAUCUUGUAUUCUACAUGGAUUAAAAGUUCUCUUUUUGCAAUUAAAUCCUUUUUAUGAUGUGAUUUAAAAUUAAGUCAUAGGUAAUUAGAAAGACUUCAUUAUAUCAUUAUCUGAAUAACAACAGGAAAUAGUUUUAUAAGGAGUUUUAAAAGAACAUUUGUUCAUCUGUUUACUUGUAAUACUAAACAUUAUUUUUUAAAUUGUGUAAAUUAUGCCAAUUUAAAUUGAAAGAAGAUUAUUGCCCUGUUCAUAAUGACAUCAAUAAUGUAUAUAGUUCACUUACUAUAGAAAGAUUAAUUCACUUCUGUAAUAUAAACAUUGCUUUUUAUAGCUUCAGCAUUUCUUUUUUUUAAAUAGUAAAUUUCAAGCCCUAAUGUGUGUGCGCAUUGAUAAAUUGUUAAUCAGUUUUUUAUUGUUUUUUUUUAAGCAUGUGAAACUUCUUGAGGGAGGUUUUUUUAUCCUUUUGUUCCUGUCAUAUCUUUUAGUUUCUCUGGUUUUGAUAUAUGAAUUGAAUAUUGUGUGAACAAAUGUUGGAUUAUAAGCUUUCUUUCAAAAUCUCAUUUACCGGUUCUUAAAUUGUCAUUGUGACCAAGUUGCUUGCCAUUUAACCUGCUCCUCUAGUCCUCUUGAUUUUUCAUUGACUUUUUAAUUUAUUUAAUUUUUGUUUUUUGUUUUUUUUACAAAUAUUGCAUUCAAAAACGUAAAAUAUAUUCUAAAGAGGGUUACGUUUGAUAUUUUUUUAAAAAGCAAUUGUGUUUUCUGAUUUUUAGCUAUGGCUUUGACUAUGUUUGUUUUGAUAAGCCUAAAAAUGUAUCUUAAGUUUUGCAAAUUGUCAAAAUUGAGUAAGAUUUCAGUAUUCCAAAUCAAAAUGCUGUUCAUCAAAGUCUUCUAAAUCUUGUUCGGUUGAAGAAGAAUACAUUGAAGAACAUUAAUGCACAUUUCUUUUCUCAUAUGCUAGGAUAAAUUUGUACAAGUGCUUCUUCUUCACUUGGUGCCAUUAUAGCAUGGAACAGGUUGCCUGUACGAGCCAGGAAAACCAAUGACCAAUUAAUUUUAUAAUAUGCAUGACUAGAUUAACACAUGAAUAUGGGUGGGAUGUAAUUAUCUUCUCUUUUGAUAGAACGUAGGAUAAAAGUUGUAAAUAACAACAAAAAAAAUAUUUUUAUUUUUCUUUACUACAUUUAAUCUUGUAAUUUGUAUAUAGAAACACAAACUUCUUUUUAGUGUUUAUUUAAAGUAACUGUAAAAUUGUUUUACCGUGACACAACGCUCAGACUAAAUUGUGCAAAACUGACCAGACUUUUCAGUUAUUAUAAAGUAGUGACAGUUCAAGUAUUAUUUUCCGGUAAAUUAUAAACCUCCAAAAAUAAUACUAAGGCCUUUAUGAAGGAAAAAAGAAUUAAUUCCUGAUUUUAUGGACCUAAUUUUGAUGCUCUAUUGUGAAGCUGCUUUGGGUAAAAAAAUUAAGUGGAUGGAAUAUGCCUGUAAAUUAAACAAGUUUUAGAUAAACUGUUGUAAGUAAACUGUAGAUAAAUCUGUGAUGCUUUUUUUUUUUUCAACUUGUUUAUUUUCUUAUUUUGUGCCAAAACUUUUUUUUCAUUUUGUUUUUCUGACUAGCUUUUAAAAUAAAAAAUGUAAAUAAAACUUGUCUAACGUU